AAAUAAUGGCGGCAUUGCUGCGACAAAAAACUGAGCUUGAGGGCCAAAAACAAUCUCCCAAACCCUAACCAUGACCUGAUCCCCAAAAUCCUCAAUCUCCAGCUUCAUCCUCCCCCGUCCGAUUAAAGCCCCAGCAUACAAUUAAAAAACUGCAAAAAAAUCACUAAAACGCUCAACUGCCCGUACGAUGCCGUCCCACGGCGAUCUGGACCGUCAGAUCGAGCACUUAAUGCAGUGCAAGCCGCUAUCGGAGGCGGAGGUGAAGACGCUGUGCGAGCAGGCACGUGCGAUCCUUGUGGAGGAGUGGAAUGUUCAGCCCGUGAAAUGUCCCGUCACCGUCUGCGGCGAUAUCCACGGCCAGUUCCACGAUCUCGUCGAGUUGUUUCGCAUCGGCGGCAACGCUCCCGACACUAAUUAUCUCUUUAUGGGCGAUUACGUAGAUCGAGGAUAUUACUCAGUGGAGACUGUCACUCUUUUAGUUGCUCUGAAAGUUCGUUAUAGAGAUAGAAUAACUAUUUUAAGGGGAAAUCAUGAGAGCCGCCAGAUAACUCAAGUGUAUGGAUUUUAUGAUGAAUGCUUGAGAAAAUAUGGAAAUGCUAAUGUAUGGAAGUAUUUCACUGACCUUUUUGAUUAUUUACCUCUGACCGCACUGAUUGAAAGUCAGAUUUUCUGCUUGCAUGGUGGACUCUCUCCAUCUUUGGAUACAUUAGAUAACAUCCGUGCUCUGGACCGUAUACAGGAGGUUCCUCAUGAGGGUCCAAUGUGUGAUCUCUUAUGGUCUGACCCUGAUGACCGAUGUGGAUGGGGAAUAUCUCCUCGGGGAGCAGGGUAUACCUUUGGACAGGAUAUUUCUGGGCAGUUCAACCACACAAAUGGGCUCACUCUGAUUUCUAGAGCUCACCAGCUUGUUAUGGAAGGAUAUAAUUGGUCCCAGGACAAGAAUGUGGUAACAGUGUUUAGUGCACCAAAUUACUGCUAUCGCUGUGGAAAUAUGGCUGCAAUACUUGAGAUUGGGGAGAAUAUGGAGCAAAGUUUUCUUCAGUUUGACCCAGCUCCACGUCAGAUUGAGCCUGAGACCACACGCAGAACCCCCGACUAUUUUUUAUAAUUCCCUUAACUUACCUCCUAGUGGCAAAUUUUCAUAUUUCCUGCUGUGCUUCUGUAGAUGUGUCUUACAAAAUCGGGGAGUUGUGGCUUUUGGUUGAGGGAGAGACAAAAGAAACCAGUGUUUUUGUCAUUCUUUUGGUUGUUCUGGUGCUGCAUUCAUAUGAGUCUAUAGAGUUAAUUUGUAGAAGGUUUUUGUCUUGUAUUGUAAAAGGUGAAGGAAGUAGAAUAACAAGGGAUUCUUUU